CAAAUAGAUGAAAUGCUCUUUCCAGAAGAGUAACUGUUCUGUGAAGAUUUUUUUUUAACCUACCAUGAAAAUACUGUGACUUCAGCCUACUUUGACAUCUUCGGCCUGCUCAGAAAUGUUUUUCACAUUUUCAAGAAAAAAUGCAUCCCAGAAAUUAAGUUUGUUGCUGCUGGUUUUUGGUUUUAUCUGGGGCAUAAUGUUACUGCGCUAUACCUUUCAACAUCCAAGGCAACAGAGCAGUGCUGAGCUGCGUGAACAAAUCCUGGACUUAAGUAAAAGAUAUGUCAGAGCACUGGCAGAAGAAAACAAGAAUAUAAUGAAUGGGGGUAAUGGAGCUGCAAUGGCAGGAUAUGCUGAUCUCAAAAGAACAAUUGCAGUUCUUCUAGAUGACAUCUUGCAGCGCUUGGUAAAACUGGAAAACAAAGUCGACUACAUUGUUGUAAAUGGUUCGACAACAAAUACCACAAAUGGAAACUUGAUGCCAGCAACUACAAGCAAACGGGUAAAUGCAGCAGGCAACAUAAGAUAACAUAUAAAAUCACUGUGUGCCAUCGGUUUAAUUCUGUUCAGAAAUCACUUUGUGCAGCUGUAUUGGCCAUAGAUUUAGUUCUGUCUAAAAUCACUGUGUCCAGCUGUAUUUGCUGUUGAUUUAGUUCUGGUCCACUGUGGAAAAGCAACACUUGGCUCAUGAAAAUCUGCAUCC